AUGGGAAGCGUUGAUACCAUCACCUGGCUCGAAAAGCUCGAGGAGCAAUUGAACGUCGAUGUCGACUCCAUGGAUCCCACAUUCGCGAAGAGCCUCCCCUUCAAACCGCACAAUCAGACCAGCAAUCAACUCUUAGUCAAUGAGCAGAUGUCCAUUCCAGAGAACAAGGAAAUGUUCCUGCAAGCUGUUAAGGAAUAUAAAGAACAAGGAUGGGAAGCCGUUCUGGACCGCAUCAGUGUCCUCCUCUGCGCACAAAACAUAGGCAACAUCCAAGGCCGGGUCCUCCUCCAAACUUCUCCAUUCCACGCAUACGAUACCGAAAAGGUGGUGGCACAUGCUCGCAGCUACGCUCGCGAAUUUGAGAAGGUUGGAAUCUCCAAGGAUCGUUUCUGUAUCAAGAUCCCUUGCACUGGACCUGCUAUGAAUGCCGGCCCUAUUCUUCUCAAAGACGGUAUUCGAACAUUAGGAACAUCUCUGUUUGGUUUGCCUCAAGCAAUCGCUGCUAGUCAAGCUGGAUGCCUUUACAUCAGCCCUUACUACAAUGAGGUUAGAGCACAUGCCGACUUGAACUUGUGGCCCAACGUCGAGGAUCCGGCAACCCAACACACCAUGUCCGCACGAAUGGUGCAGAUUCUGGAGACAUACAAGCGUCUCUACAACGAGACCGGGAAGGAGCAGCCAAUGGUGAAAUCUGCCAGUUUCAUAAGCCCCAAGGAAGCGAUGGCCGCUGGAGAAAUGGGUUGCCACCACGCCACCAUUUCUGCCGAUGUCAUCAAGCAGCUCGCCAAGCUUCCAUACGAUGGCAGCAAGCAACCAGGAGAAGGAGUAGCAAAGCCAAUGCACCCUUAUCUCAAGGCUGGCCCUACUCCCACUCGUCUAGCGAAAUUGUCAAAGACCGAUCCGCUCGCAGCAGCUGACUGGGAUGGAAAGCUUGCGAGUACAGAUAUCGAUUACUUGGCCAACAACGGAGCAGAGUUGCAAAAGGCCAUCGAGGCUGAUCCGAUUACCAAGACUCGUCUCUAUGAGGCUCUGGAGCUGUUCAAGGGCGGAGAGUUGAGGAGCAAGGCUGCGAUUGAGGAGGCGAUGAAGACUGUGUGA